AUGAACAUGAUGAGCUCAUUCCAACAAGAACAAUCACUGGACACAGAAUGUGUGUCGACUACAGGAAAGCUGAACUCCUCCACACGCAAGGACCACUACCCCUUGCCAUUCAUAGAUCAGAUGCUUGAGCGCCUUGCCAAUCAUCAAUACUACUGUUUCUUGGAUGGAUACUCAGGAUUUUUCCAAAUUCCAAUCCACCCAGAUGAUCAGGAGAAGACUACAUUCACUUGUCCCUAUGGCACAUAUGCUUAUAGGAGAAUGCCUUUUGGAUUGUGCAAUGCUCCAGCUACAUUCCAAAGGUGUAUGAUGUCCAUAUUCACAGAUCUCAUAGAAGAGAUUAUGGAGGUUUUCAUGGAUGAUUUCUCAGUAUAUGGUUCUUCCUUUGAAUCAUGUUUGGGAAAUCUUGGAAGAGUGCUACAGAGAUGUGAAGACAAGCACCUAGUUCUAAAUUGGGAGAAGUGCCACUUUAUGGUUAGAGAUGGAAUAGUGCUUGGACAUAGAAUCUCAGAGAGAGGCAUAGAAGUUGACAAGGCCAAGAUUGAAGUAAUGACAAACCUUCAGCCGCCCAAGACAGUCAAAGAUAUCAGAAGCUUCCUAGGACAUGCUGGGUUCUACAGGAGGUUCAUUAAAGAUUUCUCACAGAUAGCAAGGCCGCUAACACGCCUAUUAUGCAAGGAUAUUAACUUUGAGUUCACAGAGGAGUGUCACAAGGCUUUCACUAAGAUCAAAGAUGCAUUGGUCAGUGCGCCAGUGGUUCAACCUCCAAACUGGGAACUACCUUUUGAGAUAAUGUGUGAUGCAAGUGAUUAUGCAGUAGGAGCAGUGCUUGGACAAAGAAAAGACAAGAAGCUACAUGUGAUCUACUAUGCCAGCAGAACACUUGAUGAGGCACAAUGCAAGCUACCUGAAGAAUCAGUUUAUGCAGCUGAAGCUAGCAAUAAGCAUGGACAACUAGGCCAUCACAGGCCAGGAACAAAGAUCUCAUCAUCAAACACACCAUGGUUUCGCCACAUAGCAAACUUCCUUGCAGCUGAAUACCCACCACCAAACUUCUUUGGCUACAGAAAGAAGAAAUUUCUGCGUGAUGUAAGAAGGUACUACUGGGAUGAACCUUACUUAUACAAGAAAUGUUCAGAUGGAAUGUUUAGAAGAUGCAUACCUGAGGAAGAGGUAGAAGGAAUAUUGUUUGCUUGUCAUAGUUCUAGCUAUGCAGGCCACUUUGCCACUUACAAGACAGUAUCCAAGGUCCUACAAGCUGGAUUUUGGUGGCCAACUAUGUUUAAGGAUGCUCAUGCAUUCAUAUCAAGAUGUGAUGCUUGCCAAAGAAUGGGAAAUAUAAGCAAGAGGAAUGAGAUGCCACAGAACUUUAUACUAGAAGUUGAAGUUUUUGAUGUUUGGGGCAUUGACUUUAUGGGACCCUUCCCAACCUCUUUUGGUGACCAAUACAUUCUAGUGGCAGUUGAUUAUGUCUCCAAAUGGGUGGAAGCCAUGCCAGCCCUACUAAUGACGCACAAAAUCUUUGCCAACCUUUUGAAGAAGCAUGGAGUCACUCACAAAGUUGCCUCUCCUUACCACCCUCAAACUAGUGGACAAGUUGAGAUCUCAAACAGAGAACUCAAGAGCAUACUUCAGAAGACAACAGGCAAGACAAGAAAGGAUUGGAGUGCCAAACUAGAUGAUGCUCUAUGGGCAUACCGCACUGCCUUCAAAACACCACUUGGUACCACCCCCUUUCAUCUUGUUUAUGGUAAAGCAUGUCAUUUACCUGUGGAGCUGGAGUACAAAGCAGCUUGGGCUAUUAAGGAGUUGAACUUCAACCUAAAGACAGCAGGAGAAAGAAGAUUGAUUCAGCUGAAUGAGCUUGAUGAGAUUAGGCAUCUGGCUUAUGAGAAUUCAAAGAUCUAUAAGGAGAGAACCAAAGCUUUCCAUGACCGCAAGAUCAUCCCAAAGAACUUUGCGCCAAACGACCAAGUUCUACUAUUCAACUCAAGGUUGAAACUCUUUCCAGGAAAGCUUCGCUCAAGAUGGUCAGGACCAUUCAGGAUUAAAGAAGUUCGCCCCUAUGGAGCAGUGGUACUAUGGGACCCAAUGGGAGGAGACUUUACAGUCAAUGGACAAAGGUUAAAACCUUACCUAGCCUCCACCACCAUACCACAGGAGACCACACUAGCUCUUGGCGAUCCACCAGAUCCUUAA